UCCUUCAGUCUCUCGACUCUUCUUCCUUCUUCCCCUUUCUUGAGAUCAGUUUGCUAAUCCUUUCAAAGUAAAAUGGCAACAGAACCUCUCCAAUCAACACCGGCAGUUCCCUCCGCCGAUUCCUACAUCGGCGGUUCCGUUAGCUUGAUUUCCAAGUCGGAAAUCCAGUACGAGGGCGUUCUCUUCCAUAUCAACCCUCUCGACUCCACCAUCGGCCUCAAGAACGGAUUUGCAAGUUCUACCUUCGGUCCCUCUGCAGGGUGCACUAGCCACAUCUGGUGAUCCUGCUACAAUUCAGGAUUUACAAGUUCUACCUUUAAUCCCUGUGCAGAGUGCACCAGCCAGGCUUGAUGACCAUGCUAUAAUUCAGUCUCAUUGUAGCCACCUGGCCACUCCCUCUGCAAGCUUGCCUCAAGCUCCUACUGGUUCUAUGGCAAAUUUGUGUUCCACUUCCCUGCUAGGACUGGAUCCUGUCCUAACAUAUGGUUCAAAUUAUAUUGAGGCACCAACAUCCUUUCUAUGGACAGUGGAUCAGCUUUUGCUUUCUGCAGCAGUAAAUCCACCAACAAAAACAUCUCGUCCCCUACGACAUUACGACUUGCUCAGAAAGACAUUGAGGUGGUUCAAGUGUCAACUUCAGACCAUUACCACUGGUGUCAGAAGAAGCUAAGACAUUCUUAACAGACAGAAAGGAUUUGCAAGAUUUUUCUUCAGACCCUGGGGAGAGUGUACCAACUAUAGCCAUUGAUCCUGCCAUCACUCAGAGGGACAUUGAGGUGAUUCAAUUGUCUACUUCAGAAGCAUUUCCAAUGGAAUCCAAAAAAACUCAAAUACUGAUUCUGGUUCCAACAUCAGCAUCAGACAGAAAGAAAGGUAAGAAUAAGGCUGAAAAGGACAGUUUCUCCCUUUGACCAACCAAAGUCAUAAGGCUGAUGUGUUGGGAAAGGGAAAUGGAUAACAUUUUUUUUUUCUUUAUUUGAGUUUUCACAAGCAUAUUGUUUCUUUUCAAGGAUCAAAUUCACACAUCUGUUAUUUUGUUAUGGAAGUCUAAUUUAUGUGUUUCUGUUGUCUCAUUUUCUUCCUUUUAGAGUUUCAAAGCUGUGCCAUGUUGUCAUGUCAUCCUUUUCUUACUUUUCCUCACCAUUCUUCCUUGCUGAUCACAAGGCAGUUUUGAAAGUGUUCACAUAGAUUGUGGUGGUAAUAGCCCUUAUAACGACUCUUACAAUCUUACAUGAAUGCUAGAUAAAUUCUUCUUCGUAGGUGACAGGGCAGUUGUUGCUGAACCCUUUCACUUCCACCUUCAAAGUGAAAGGACUCUUUGCUUCUUUUCCCUCUCGUCUGGGAAAAGAAACUAUUAUACUGUGCCAGUUACUCUUGGUCGUUAUUAUAUCCAUACUUUCAUAGUCUAUGAUAAAUACAAAAAAAAACAAAACUGCCAUAAUUUGAAGGUUCCGGUGAAGGGGAUUGGGUUUUCUCAUGGCGUUUCCCUUGGGUUGAGAGUGUUGCACGUGAUGGUGCAUAAUCUGACUUAUUUGCAAAUGUCAGUGAUUACUGCCUGGAUUAUUGUUUUUACAGCAUUAAUGGUGAUUCCCCAAUUAUUAGCUUGUUAGAAAUCAUACGGAUUGACCCAUCAUCUUAUGGGAAAAACAUGCUGAUUACGUAUGCUAGGGUACCCGCAGCUUUGAGCGCAUGGGGCCCUAUGUUCACAUCUGAACUAAAUCCUUUCAUCUGGU